AUGGACCACAAAAUUGAAGAACAAAUUAAAGCAAAAUAUUGCAAACAUUCGAACUACAUUUUGACAACAUCUGAGACGGUUAACAAGACAUCAACAAUGGUUAAACAUUUGCAAAAUAUGCCAUUUUAUCAAAAACUUGGUCCUUGA